CCUAUCCUGCUUUCGGCUUCAGAAGACCGACCGCCGCUUUCAGGCAGCUGAAUUCAGUCCAGCUGCUCAGUUGCCCGGCGGCUGCAGAAAGAGGAGGUGGAGGAGAGAGAGAGAGAGAAAAGCACGAGGGAGCGGGCGACGACUCGACAUCGCAGCUCUCCCGGUCAAAUUGCGGCCACUGCUGUCGGGUCGCACAGCCGCCGGAGGCAUGGAUGUAGCGGUGGACUUGUACGUUGCAGUCCCGCUGCUUUUCACCGUCCUGGCUGUUAUUCUAGCGUCGGUCUUUGUCAAGCUGAGAUCCUCGGAAGAGGACAAAGCUACGGAGCCAGCGGCAGCAGCAGCAAAGGAAGAAGGGGAGGCCAAGGCGAGCUCUGCUGCGGUAGACCGGACGGACGGCGAAGCCCUCCAGAAGGAUGAGAGGGAACCGGAGGCGGCCGGCGCGGAGCCUCGGAAGGAGAAAGGAGACGAAGAGGCGGCGAUAAGCAGAGAAGCUGGAAGGGACGCCGUGGAGGAAAUAGGGGCUGGAGAAAAGGGGACGAAGGAAGGAAAGGAAGAAGAAGAAGAAGGGCUUCGGGAGAAGGGAAAAGGGGAGGAGGUCGAGGACGAGGCUGCCCCGGAGGCGGUGAAAGCAGAACAGCGGAGUCACGUUCAAGUGGAGCGGAAGGUGGCCGGUCAGGCGGAGAGAGACGCGGUCGUUGCUGCUCCGGUGGCUUUAGAAGAGCAAGAGGAGGAGGAGGAAGAGGAGGAGGAAGAAGAAGAAGACGAGGACGACGAGGAGGAGGAGAGCAAGGAGGAAGAUCAAGAAUCGGAAAAUGGGAAACUAGUAAUAAAGGAACCUGAGACUGAAGAUGCAGAUGAAAAGUUAUCUUUUAAAUAUAGUCCUGGCAAACUGAGAGGAAACCAGUAUAAAACAAUGAUGACCAAAGAAGAACUUGAAGAGGAACAAAGGGUUCAGAGAGAGCAGCUGGCUGCCAUCUUCACCCUUCUAAAGGAAAAAUCAGACACUUUUGGAGAUAUGUCUGAAUCUGAUAUCAAAGAACAACUUAAGCUUUAUGACAUGUAGACUAAAAGAGCAAGACAAACCACUUCUGAAAAACUUGCCAGGAAAACUGCAGAAGUACUCCAGGAAGUCACCAGAAGCCAACUCUGACCGGAAGGCAUUCCCCCGCCCCACAAAUCUACUUAGCACCACGGUCAGCAAAAUUGAUUUGCUGCUGCCAUCUGCUGAGGUAGAAGAGCAAAUGCCUACAAAUACCUUCUUAAAGAGAUAAUUUAGACACUGGUUUUUGUAAUAGAUGGAUGGACCCAGAGAAACUGUGGGUGGGAUUCAUGUGGAAUUUAGUUCUAAUAAAGAGGCCAAAAUGACUUUAUUAUUAGGAUGCGAAGUUAGCUGAAAUACUGUUCAGUGAAACACCCCAGAAUAGAAAAGCAAACAGGUAUUCAGGCUAUGCAGUUUCAAGGUUGCAGUGGAGAUGCAAGUUGUACCACAAAAUGGCUGUUAUAGAUAAUGGAAUAACCCCACUAGAAGACUGUUCUGGAAAUUAUGAUAGUCGAAAGUAAACUUUGGAGGGAUUUUUUACUUCCUUAGAAAUGUGUAAACGAUCAAAUGUAGAUUAACCAGUGCUAUGGCACCAUUUGAAAUGCUUUUGUAUGAAAUUUACUACAUAAGUUUGCUUGUAUGUGUAUUCAGGGACUUUCACUUUGGAACCUUACCUAACAAGUCCUUGUGUGUCUAAGACUGUGCAGAUUCUUAAUAAAGUUUGGGAGAUUUUGA